AUGAGUCACACGCCAUUAGUUAAAUUUCAGCCGAAAGGGUUCCCAAAUGCUGACAUAUUUUUCAAAAAUGAAACUGCAUCAAAAACCCGUACGCUGAAGCACCGAUUCGUAUGGGCCCUGCUCAUGUGGGCCAUAGUUGAUGGAAAGGUAAACAGUAAAUCGAUGGUGUAUGACUCAACGUCUGGAAACACCGGAGCCAGUGAAGCGUAUAUGUGCAAUUUAGUUGGGCUACAGUACACCGCUGUCGUGAGUUCUUCUGUGAUUCAUGCUUGA